GGAAGCGGCGGUUCGGCUGAGGAAAAAUCCCGACUGGCUACCCUUCGGGAGGUCGUUGAGGAGGGGGAGCAGGUCGAGCAGAGCCUUGUCUGGUCUCCUGUAUUCUCUCCUUGCAGAGAUUUUUCAUCCUUACUUUUAUGUGUCUGGAAAAUGGAGAAGACACUGAGCAGAAUUCAUCCUGUUUCUGAUCCUGAAGCAACGUAUUUUCUACAAGUAUCAUGGGAAAAGGAUUUAGGCAUUGGCUUUGGUAUAAUACUUAGUGAUGGUCAGUGUGCAUGGACUGGGACAGUGUCUGAAGCAGAAAUUUCUAGGGAGGCUGCAGACAUGGAGAUGAAUAGAGAAAAGUAUGUUGAAGAACUGAAGAAGGCAUUGAUAGCUGGAGAAGAAUCAGCUGGCAAAUAUAAUUUUGCUAUUUCAAGAGAUGAAGAAAAUACGGAGUGUCUCUUCUCCUAUGAAAGAAGUCUGAAAGACGGCUCUUUUAGACUUGGAUCUCUAAAGCUACAGGAAGUUUCGAGUCCAGCAGAGGUGGUUAAGGAGCUGAUUGGUUACUGUCUGGACAGCCUGGAAAGACUACAGGAGAAAAAUGAGCAUCUGCAAAAAGAAAAUGAAAGGCUUUUCAGCAACUGGAGUGACGUGGAGAAACGGCUGGAAAAAUGUGUGGAAGCUAAAGAAGAACUAGAGGCAGAUCUUUAUAACCGGUUUAUUUUGGUUCUGAAUGAAAAGAAGGCAAAGAUAAGAAACUUACAGAAGUUGCUGAAUGAAGCUAAAGAAUCUGCUGCACAUGCCAAAUGUACAAGGGAUAAUAUAGCUACCACUCAGAUUGCUACGGUCAGGGAAAAUGACUAUGAUGGCAGCACUGAUGAGGAAAGUGAAAAUUUAACACGAGCCUCAUUACCAUCAGCACCAGAACGAAGGGAUUCCCUUCUGGGUAGCCCAGAUGUCAUUGAUACUGCUCCAAGAAGAAAGCGACGACAAAGGGCAGCAAAGCCUGCUGGGACAGGAGCUAAGAUGGCUACUUAUGAGACAGAACUGCCAGCCGAGGAAAAACCUGAUCUGACCUCACAGAAGACAUCGGUCAAGCAUUCCCUGGAUGUGAUGUCUCUGGAAACACUGGAAAACACUUGUGAGCUGGAGGACCUCUUUGAUGACAUCUAGUUAUGUGUCUUCUGAGAAACUGAGACUGGCGCUUCCAGUAGAGAUAAGCUAUAAAACUAAAAGGCUUUUUUAUAGACACUGAGCUGAAAUCUUUACUCUGAGGUGAUAUUUGAUAUCUCAUGUUGCUCUAAUCCUCUUGCACUGCACUUGUCCCCAUUCUUCACUACACGGUUGUAGACCCUUGGCCUGUUAGGCUUGAUUUGUGAUGGCCUUGAAAUCAGUUUAGCCUCUGUGUAGAUCUUUUAUCAUGUAUAUAUGGAAAAGGAGAGCACCAUCAUAACAUUUUUACAUCCUAACAGUCUCUGACAGCUAAUUGUAUCCAGGAUCAACUGGUUUCCAGAUGUCCCCAGAGAGUAAGUCAGACAUAAAGAAGAUUGAGACUACCACUGUACUUAACUUAUAUACUGCCCCUUUCUUGAGAAGCUCAACUUAGACGUGAUCUAGCUAAAUUAUUUUCAACUUUGAUUGAGAUGCAACUUCCUAUAUUGUGAGUUUAGAAUGAUAACUGCUGACAUGAAACAUCCAAAGAAGUGUUCUUUCACUUUUCACUUGAAGGUUCUCUGCGGCAUUAUGAAUUAUAAGGUAUUCUUGCUUUUGGGAGUAAAGUGCUUAUAAAGUCAUUAUUGACUCUAUUUUAACCUUCUGUAGAAACUCAUAGCUUUUAAAAUCAUAAUUUUUAAUACUUCAUCAUUUUUCUUAGGGUGAUUUCUAAAAAAAUAAAAUACAUUCUAAAAAAAUAUCAAUUUUGGUUUUAUUUGCUUAGACACCUAUGAAUAAAGGGACUAGUUAGUAAAGUAUGUUAAUGUAUGACCUUUUCAUGCCCAAAGCUGAUGCAUUCAUUCAGAUUUAAGGCUUCAUUAAAGAAAAAAGUUUGCAACAUGUAUUUACCUUCAGCAGUCAGAAUCAAGUGUACAGAACUAAGCAUGCAUGUCAGGUUUCUGCCUUGCCAUUUUAAGAGUCUGAAUCAAUUCUCAUUUAAGGCAGAGAGAGCCAGUUCUUCUGCCUCAGAAAGGAUAUGAUCCAACAAGGGUUUUAAAUAUGUGAGUAAUGCCAUGAAGUCAGCAGGACUAUACAACUUAGUCCUGCUUCUGUGCUUUAUGGCUUGCAAUGGUCCUUGGAAGCUACUUGGUAUUUUUGAAAUGGCGGCUUAUUUGGGCCCUGAUUCUGCCAAAAUUCAAUUCUAUAUUUAACUAAAUGCAUCCGUGUCAGUAUCUGCAGGAUCAGGGCCUCAUUUAAGAACCUAUAUGUGGAUCUGGGUAUGUUAUAUUUAAGCAUUCCUUUCUGAAAAAACACGGUCACAGCAUUUUAAAUUCACAAAGGGCUUUGGGUCAGUGUUAUAAAUCACACAGUAAAAUCAUGAAUGGCCAAAAUAUUUUGCUUGCUACAAAGGCUUUGUGCCUGAGAAAUGACAGGACCACAAAAGACCUAUUCAUACACCCAUUCACAGACAUUGCCUGAUUUAAAAUCUUCCAGUGCUGAUCUGACAAUGCGUUCAGCAAAAGCUUGUAUAUAGUUUCAGUUUUAAUGUGAAAAAGUUCCCUGACUUAACCCGAAAUACAAGAGCUUGGUUUAAUUGUGCCAGCAGCAGAAAAUGAAGGUAAAUGGAGCUGAACAUCCCAUGAAACUCUGCUUGCAAGAAACUGUUGGUUUCUAAUAGUAAAAUGUUGUUAUAUAAAUAGGGAAUGUUACACACAGUUGGCAGAUGCAAUAAAGUCUGUCAGAAUGUUUAUUCUUUUCUCUUUUUUUGAGGUUUAUAGAAUCAAGCCAAGAGUUGAGCAGAAAAUUAUGUGAUGGCAGAUACAUACCUUGGACUGUGUGAGCACAGGUGUGUCAUCUAGUUGGGGUAUCCAUGGUACAGAGCCAGCUUCCAGUCAUCUGAGACUUUGUAUACACAGGGACACCUCCUCUCCCCUCAGAGCCAUGCUUCUUUCUGAAGAUUUAUGUGAGAAACCAAUGCUUUUCUGCCUAUAAGGUUUCAUUUUCUAGUUGACUUUGAAGAGGAAAGACCUACCAAAAUGAGCACAAAUUAUGUGUGAGAGUGGAGGUAGUAUUGCAGAAGCUGCAGAAAAUCAGUGAAACUUCCUUAUCAUGCGUAUUUGUCUUCAAGAUGUAGGGACAUCCACUUUAUCGUUAAACUCAUUCAUCCCAGUGCAUUGAAAUAGACCUGAUGGCCUUCAUCGACCAAGCCAAGAAAAAUCUGUUUCAAACUAACCUGUGAUGUUUGGGAAGGGAACUAAGUAAUAACGCCUCGUAACAUAUUUAAAAAAAAAGCCUACUAAAUUAAUAUGAUACUCAGUGCUGCUUGGUUAAGUCUCCGAGAAAAGGUGGGAUCUUUGCUAUCCCUCCAUGCCAAUGGAGUUCCUGCUGGAGGGGCUUUCCAAAGCUUACAGAGCAGAAGGGUUCCCUAGUGAGUCAAUAGACAGUGCUCCUAUUCAUAUAUCGAAUAUAAUGAUCACCUAUUUGAACAAUGGCAUAAAAUCUCCUAGUUUAUGUUCAUGCUGUGAUCCACCGUAAUCCUUGGAUUCUUCUGUGCAGAGCUAGUGGGUACUCACUUGUUUUUCCAUUCUGUGUUUGUUCAGCUGACUAUUCCCAUAUGGGUUUAGUAACUGGCAUUUAACCACAUUGACUUGCAUCCCAUUUUUUAAGCUGAUUUCUCUAACUUGUCAAAAUUAUUUUGAAUGUUCAUUCUUCUUCAAUUUGGUACUAGGAGUGAAUGUAGUAAGUUCGUUCUCCAUUGCUAACAUCCAUCCAGACCAUUAAUGAAAACAUUGAACAGUUCUAGACUUAAGCCUCACUUCAUUCAUCCUUCUAUUUACUAGACCUACUAAACUUAGACUUACUUUGUGAGCAAGGUUUUCUAACUCACCUUUUGGAAGACCAUGUUUUCAAGGCAUGCCUAUAAAACUGUCACGUGAAAUCGCCUGACAUGAGAUGUCAGUCAAUUGCUUCCCUGUCCAAAAUAUUUUAGUGGUGACAGAAGACAAAAUAGAGAAACAUGCCCACAAAUGGUUUUUCAAGACAGGAAAUUAACCGAAGUUAGGAACCACAGAUCAAAUUUCAAAGGCCAUCCUUAAUUAAUACUUCUCUUUGAUAUUACUCUGCAAAUGAUUUCCCAGGUAAAUUUUUUCUUCAGUUUAAACUGUACUUUUGAGGAAUGUAAAACAGGUAGUUGUUUUACAGGAGGAAAACCAUGAUAUCUUUCAUUAAAGGUUUAGUUUUGUCUAUAGUUUUAAACUUUUAAUGUAACUACUUAAACAGAAUAUAUGUUUUUAUGCGUAACAAUUUGUCAUUUGAGGUAUGGGUUUGUACUGAACCAAAAAAAAACCCUCUUUUCUUCAGGAAGAGCUGUAUAGAAUAUUGCCUUUGGGAUGAAAAUAUUAUUGUUUUGGCAAUCUAUAUCACUAUUUUAGCUACCUUCUCACUAUUAUUCCCAAAAGUAGACACUCUUGUGUAUAUAUGUGUGUAUUAGAUAUAUUGUUCUUCCUUGCUUUGUACCUGUAACAUGAAUGAUUGUGUGUAUAAACAUGUUUCGCUGGAAAUGUUCAGUAUAGUCUAGCUGGCAUUGACAACUUCUGCAGUUUGAUCUAGCAACCUGGAGGUACUUGAGGAAAGAAAAAGCCUUUACACAUGGGAGUUUAGAUGCUGCUCAAUGUUUCAGGUAAAGCUGCUUUUUUCUGGCUUGCCAUCUGCUAUGUGGGAAAAAAAAAUGUGGAAACAGUGAAGUAAGAAUGGUAGGAAAACAAGGCAAUAAAAGCAUGUCCAGACUG